AUGGCUGUUUCUGAUCUUCUCAACCGACGAGUACGAGCUCUACCAGACGAGGACGAAGAGGUUUACUCGGAAGCGUCUGCAUCCGAGUCGGAAAGUAAUGAUGAAGGGGUUGAGGAAUCAGGAUCGGAUCUUAGCGAUGAUAGCUCAGAAGGGGACGAUGGCUCUGAGUCCCAAGACGAGUCAGAUGCCAUGAGCGAUGAAAACGAGGAAGAUGACGAGGACGACGAAGACAGCGACGACGGCCAAGACGAUGUGCAGGCUUCAUUAAGCAAUAUCUCUUUCGGCGCACUCGCCAAAGCGCAAGCCUCAUUAGGCCCCAAAGCCAAGCGCAAAUCCAAACCCUCGCAGUCAACAGCAAAUGAUGGAGAACCCGCAGCUGCCUCCCCGUUAGACGACAUUCGCGCGCGGAUCCGCGAAGCCCGCGAACAGAAACGACAGGGAUCCUCAAAGUCGAAAGACACGGAGAAGCAUUCCCGCUCCUCCAAACACGCACCGAUGGUGCAGUCAUCCAAACAUCCCGUUACCCGCAAGCGCACCAUCAUCGAGCCGCCGGCGGCCCUCAAAUCGCGGGACCCGCGUUUCGAUCCCACGGUACGCAGCCAAAGCGGUCGUAGUGAAGCUUCCCAAAGCGCGUACGCCUUCUUGGACGAUUACCGCGCUGCGGAGCUCAAGGAAAUGAAGGAGAAGCUCGCAAAGACCAAGGAUCCGAGACAGAAGGAAGCCUUGAAGCGUGAUAUCCGGUCGGCUGCGGACCGUCUGCGCACAAUUGAAAACAGAAGAAGGGAGAAGGAGGUAUUAGCGGAACACAAGAAACGAGAGAAGGACCUCAUUCGCGAAGGAAAGAAGAGUAACCCGUACUUCCUCAAGAAGUCGGACCUCAAGAAGCAGGUGUUACUUAAGAAGUAUGAGAGCAUGGGCUCUAGGCAACGUGUGAAGGCACUCGAGAGAAGGCAGAAGAAGUUGACUGCUAAGGAGAGGAAGGAAAUGCCUAUGGAGCGACGUGGACUGGAGCAUGAUUCCACGUCUUACAAUGAUGGCGGGGGCGGUAAACGCAGACGGCUUGCUUAA